UCUUUACUAUAUAUGGGCAAAGCCGAGGCGCGCCGAGAGCUGCCGCCUCUUCCGCGUUCAGCGAUCAGCCGGUGACAGAACCGCUCAGAUCCGGACGGGCCCGUUUCACCUGCGUGCGUUCACUGCGAGGAAAUAUAGCCGAUAUGUCGUACGAGCUCAAGCAUGUGUUUGCCAGCCUGCCCCUUAUGGAGAGGGGUGUGGCCAAAGUCCUGGGCGGAGACCCUAAAGGGAACAACUUCCUGUAUACUAAUGGAAAGAGCGUCAUUAUCAGAAAUAUUGAUAACCCUGCAAUCGCGGACGUCUACACUGAGCAUCCUCAUCAGGUGAUCGUAGCGAAGUACGCUCCCAGUGGAUUCUACAUCGCAUCGGGUGAUGUGUCAGGGAAAAUCCGGAUCUGGGACACGACGCAGAAGGAGCAUCUGCUGAAGUACGAGUAUCAGCCGUUCGGCGGGAAGAUCAAGGACAUCGCCUGGACUGAGGACAGCAAGAGAAUCGCCGUGGUGGGGGAGGGCAGAGAAAAGUUUGGGGCUGUGUUUCUCUGGGACACAGGUUCUUCAGUGGGAGAAAUCGUGGGUCACAGUAAGAUCAUCAACACCGUUGACAUUAAGCAGACACGGCCGUAUCGCCUGGUCACGGGCAGUGAUGAUAACUGCACCACUUUCAUGGAGGGACCGCCCUUCAAAUUUAAAUGCACCAUGAGUGAUCACAGUCGGUUUGUCAACUGUGUGCGUUUUUCUCCUGAUGGGAAUCGCUACGCAUCGGCUAGCGCAGACGGACUGAUUGUGCUGUAUGAUGGGAAGACUGGGGAGAAGGUGGGCUCUCUUGGCGGAGAGAAGGCUCAUGCUGGAGGCAUUUAUGCUGUCAGCUGGAGUCCUGACAGCACACAGCUCAUCUCUGCAUCAGGAGAUAAGACUGUUAAAUUAUGGGACGUUGGCAGUGGGACGGCAGUGACGACCUUUAACCUUGGAUCUGAUGUUAUGGAUCAGCAGCUGGGCUGUUUGUGGCAGAAGAAUCACCUGCUUAGUGUUUCCCUGUCUGGCUACAUCAAUUACCUGGACAAGAAUAACCCUGACCGCACCCUGCGCACCAUUAAAGGCCACACCAAGUCCAUCCAGUGUCUUACGGUUCAUAAGGCGGACGGCCGAUCCACCAUCUAUUCAGCCAGCCACGAUGGACACAUUAAUUACUGGGACUCCGAGACUGGAGAGAAUGACGAGUUUUUGGGGAAGGGACAUACUAACCAGGUCUCCAGGAUGGUUGUGGAUGAGUCCAGUCGUCUGGUCAGCUGCAGUAUGGACGAUACAGUCCGCUUUACUGACCUCCGUAAGAAUGAGUACAGUGCAUCUGAUAUGGUUAAAAUGGACAAGCAGCCAAAGUCUGUAAGCGUGGGAUCUGGAGGUCUUGCUGUCACUGCGUGUAUUGGACAGCUGGUUUUGAUGAAAGAUAAGAAGAAGCUCUUCACUCUGGAUGGUCUUGAGUACGAGCCUGAAGCCAUCGCUGUUCAUCCUGGGGGCGGAACCGUGGCUGUGGGCGGAGCUGAUGGAAAGGUGCGUCUGUACUCGGUUCAGGCAAACACCCUGAAAGAUGAUGGGAAGGUGCUGGAAGUUCCGGGACCUGUGACAGACAUGUCAUACUCAUGGGACGGAGCCUUCCUCGCGGUGACAGAUGAAAAGAAAGUUGUCACUGUGUUUACCGUCGCUGAUGGAUACACGGAGAAGAACGAGUUUUAUGGACAUCACGCAAAGAUCGUCUGUUUGGCCUGGUCUCCUGACAAUGAGCACUUUGCCACUGGUGGAAUGGACAUGUUGGUUUAUGUGUGGACCGUCAGCAAUCCUGACAAGAGGAUUAAAAUACCAGAUGCACAUCGAUUACAUCACAUCAGUGGCCUGGCAUGGCUCAACCCGAACACGCUUGUCACAACGUCUCACGACGCAUGUGUGAAACAGUGGACUUUAAAAAUCUAAACCUUUGGGAUCAACAGAAAUAGAGACGAUCGUCUCUCUCGCUCUGUCUGUCUGUCUCUCUCUUUAUGGCUCUUUGUCUAGUUUCUGUCCGUAUGUCACUGCUGUCCCGCCGCGUUUCUCACGCAGUUUAUAAGCCCUUAAUUCAGCUAAUGAACAUACACACAGUGGAAUGAUGUCAUGUUGUGUAUCGCUGCACAGAUAGACAGACAUGAACCCACAACCACUGAAGCACUUGAUCUUCCAAUCUGACCUGAAACAUUCCAGAAGCAGGGGUCAGAGUUCAUCACCCGGCCUGAGGUUCUUGAAUCCUCACAUGACCGUGUGUUCCAGGAGCUCUGCGGCAGACGUCUCCUCUCCCGUGUGUGUAUGUGUAUGUGUGUGCGUUUAGGUGGAGAGGAUGUUUGGGAGCAAUAAUCAUGAGAAAUAGACAGCAGAAAGUGCAGGUCUGACAGUAGAUACAUAUCCACUGUCAUUCACAUUCUGUUUAUUUACCUUGGGUUUUUUUCUUUGGUUCAUUUCUCAUUGGGUGUGAUUGGUUUAUGUUAAUAAUAAUAAUGAUUAAACACUUUUUAUGCAA